ACAAGUGUGUUUGUGUGUGUGGUUUUCGCUUCAUUAUCUAAAAACAAAAUCAUCAUCUUUCAUUUCUCCUCAUUCUUCAUAUGGCUCUUCAAUUCCCUCUAAACCAAACCCUUGUUAUUUCUUGAAUUUAUGAAGAUUAAAAAACGCAAAUUUCAUCCAAUUCCUAUACAAAAAAUCCCGAAAUUUGAUUCAAAUUCUCUUGCUAAAACACAAGUAGUUCAUCUUCUACCUACUGAGUAAUUUCGUUUUCUUUGAAUUUCCCGAUGUUUCCGUUGAAGAAUCAAUGAGAUUGCUUAUGUUUCAAUGUUUGAUUUCUAAAGAUAGACAUGGGUUCUGCUUCUUUAAUGUCAUCAGUUUCAGUAGAAUGUUUGAACGUGUGUAAGUUGUUAUCAAGGGGAGAUGGAAAUGGUGGAAGAUGUGGUGAAUGUAAUGUAUUAUCUUGUGCUUGGAAAGCUCCUAGGGUUUUGACUGGAUUUCUUGCAAGUACUCCUCAUCCCAACUCUUAUCCGCAUUCCUCUUCAAGGGGAGAAAGAAGAAACCACACAAAAUCUUCUUGCCAGAGAAAUGAGGUCCCUGAGGCGGGUGUUUGGUAUUCCGCAGAAGCAGCUGAUUCUACACUUUCGUCAAGAUUCUCUAACUUAAGUCUACAUCAUUUUGCUGGAAAUAGAUGGCAACUUCAAUGUUCGUCCUCGUUUUCUUCAGAAUCCUCUGAUGCCAAUGCAGUUUCUCCUGAAACAUUGUGGGAGGAUUUGAGACCAACUAUUUCAUAUCUUCCACCAACCGAGUUGCAAUUAGUCCACAAUGCGUUGAAGCUGGCUUUUGAAGCUCAUGAUGGCCAGAAAAGGCGAAGUGGGGAGCCAUUUAUCAUACAUCCAGUUGAAGUGGCACGUAUUCUUGGAGAACUUGAAUUGGACUGGGAGUCUAUUGCUGCUGGAUUGUUGCAUGACACAGUUGAGGACACAGAUGAUGUGACAUUUGAAAGAAUUGAAAUGGAGUUUGGUGCUACUGUGCGCCACAUUGUAGAAGGAGAGACCAAGGUAUCCAAGUUGGGUAACCUGCAAUGUAGCAAUGCCAAAGACGUGGUGCAAGAUGUAAAAGCUGAUGACUUGCGGCAGAUGUUUCUAGCUAUGACACAAGAGGUUCGGGUUAUUAUUGUCAAAUUGGCUGACAGAUUACAUAACAUGCGCACUCUCUCACACAUGCCUCCACAUAAACAGGCCAGCAUUUCCUGCGAGACACUGCAGGUAUUUGCUCCUCUUGCAAAGCUUCUGGGGAUGUACCAGAUUAAGUCAGAACUGGAGAAUCUUUCAUUCAUUUACACAAAUGCCCACGAUUACGCUAAAAUCAAGAGAAGAGUUGCACACCUUUAUAGAGAACAUGAAAGGGACCUCGUGGAGGCAAAAAAAAUUUUAAUCAAGAGAAUUGAAGAUGAUGAAUUCUUAGACCUUGUGACAGUUAGUACAGAAGUGCGCUCUGUGUGCAAGGAACCUUACAGUGUCUAUAAAGCUAUGCUGAAAUCUAAAGUUCCAAUUAGUGAGGUUAAUCAAAUAGCACAGCUCCGCAUUAUCGUAAAACCAAAGCCUUGUAUUGGGGACGGACCUUUAUGCAAUGCUCAACAAAUAUCUUACCAUGUUCUUGGUCUUGUCCAUGGCAUCUGGACCCCUAUUCCUCGAGCUAUGAAAGACUACAUUGUGACGCCAAAACCAAAUGGCUAUCAAAGUCUACAUACCACAGUGAUACCAUUUCUCUAUGAGAGCAUGUUCCGGUUGGAAGUUCAGAUAAGAACUGAAGAGAUGGAUUUGAUUGCUGAGAGGGGCAUUGCUGCCCAUUAUAGUGGGCGAGUAUUUGUUACUGAUCUAGUUGGACAUGUAAUGCCCAAGGGAAGGAAUUCAAGAGGAAAGCCAGUCUGUCUGAACAAUGCAAACAUUGCUCUCAGGAUUGGUUGGCUAAACGCCAUUAGAGAAUGGCAAGAGGAAUUUGUUGGAAAUAUGAGCUCUAGGGAGUUUGUCGACACUAUCACAAGAGACCUGUUGGGAAGCCGGGUCUUUGUAUUUACACCAAAAGGAGAGAUUAAGAACCUGCCGAAGGGGGCUACCGUGAUUGACUAUGCUUAUAUGAUACAUACCGAAAUUGGCAACAAAAUGGUUGCUGCAAAGGUCAAUGGUAACAUUGUUUCUCCCACACAUGUGCUUGUCAAUGCUGAGGUUGUGGAAAUAAUCACAUGCAAUGCACUCUCAAGUAAGUCUGCUUUUCAAAGGCAUCAACAGUGGUUGCAACAUGCAAAGACACGUAGUGCCCGCCAUAAAAUAAUAAAAUUUUUGAGAGAGCAAGCCGCACUCUCUGCUACCGAAAUUACAGCCGAUGCUGUGAAGACCUUUAUUUCUGACGUUGAGGAAGAGAGUUUACCACAAAAAGAAAACUUUGAUGUUCCCAGGGAAAAAAAAUCCACGUGGAAGUCGAUCCUUAAAAAUGUUGCAGAUAUGUCUCUAUUUCAGAUAAAUCAUCAAGAUACCCUCCCCGUUCAAAAUGGUAGCGUUGGACUGCCGAAGGUCAACGGGAAACAUAAUAAGCAUGCCAAAGAGCUGAGUCUGAAGGACAAGGGAGAGACUUUGUCACAGGGAAAUGGUAUUGCCAAGUUGAUUCAUGCCAACAUUCCUAUGUAUAAAGAAAUAAUGCCUGGUCUGGAAAGCUGGCAAGCUAGCAAAAUUGAAGCGUGGCACAACCAUGAAGCUCAUUCAAUACAGUGGUUUUGUGUUGUAUGUGUAGACCGAAGAGGCAUGAUGGCAGAAGUUACAUCAGCAAUGAUGGUGACAGGGAUUGCAAUCUGUUCUUGUGUGGCAGAAAUUGACAAGAGAAGGGGAAUGGAUGUGAUGUUAUUUCAUAUUGAAGGGAGCCUUGACAGCCUGGUAAAAUGCAGCAUGCGCGUGGAUCCGAUCCUUGGCGUGCUUGGCUGGUCUGCAGGUUGUAGUUGGCCAUGCUCCUCAAAUGACCAUUUUCUUCACGAAUGUUAGUAGGAAUAUAUACAACUCCUCUCAACCAGAAUCUCUGAGUUUGCGGGUACGAAAUUUUGUCAUCGUUCACCAUAUUCUUCAAGUCGUUUUUUGAAUGUAGAUUUCCGGAUUAGUCAACAAUGUCAAAUGUAUCUUAAGUCAUUCUUUUGUUCAAAAUAGCUCCUCUGAGAAACAAGUCAGCAAUACCCAUUGAGCAAGUCUGUGGACUGUGAGGGGAAUGUAUAUAGAGAAAAAGAGCCAUAGUUAGGGGCACUUUACGAUUAAAAAAAAAAGAAAAGGAAAGGUAGUAAUAGUAUAUAUGUAGCUGGCAGUCACCCGUAGUCUUCUUUCUGUAUACUUGUGAAAAUACAUAGAAAUACUAGUGAUAAUAUAUAUUUUCCAACAGAUGAUUUAUUUGUAA